UCCUUUCAUUUCUUUUGCAAGUGUGUCCGGUUUCCAUGCGUUUGAGUUCUGGAGCUGAAGAACGCGAGUGAAAUCUUCUUUCCUUGGAUUCCAGCCGCCGAAGUAGUCCAUUAGCAUUAGUUCACUUCAUCGUCCAGAAUGUGUGCUCGACUUGUGUUCCUUGCUGUCUGUGCAGCGGCACUGCUUCAAGCAUCUAUCAUUUCUGCUGAUGUAGACGUCAAGACCAAGCCUACCCCCUCGACCAAGCCUGCUACCCCCUCGACCAAGCCUGCUACCACCUCGACCAAGCCUGCUACCACCUCGACCACGCCUGCUACCACCUCGACCAAGCCUGCUACCACCUCGACCAAGCCUGCUACCACCACGCACGCCCCAACGACCACGCACGCCCCAACGACCACGCACACUGCCACUACCAAACAUACUGCCACUACCAAACACGGUGCAACUACCAUGCACGCUGCCACUACCAAACAUACCCCCACCACUACCGGCAAGGCAGUCACGACCAAGCCCACUGCUACCGCUCCAACGACUUUGCCAGCUCCUGAAAAGGCACGCUAUACUGUGGAGUCUGAUGGAGCUGCUUGCAUCAUCAUGGAGGUUUCGCGCAUUGACGUUACCGCGGAGGGUGCGAAUAAUACCAGAAUGCCAAUCAACAUCACCGAUGUGACAUCCAGUGGCGAGUGUGGCAAGACAAGUAGCUACAUCCAGCUAACCAGCUCUUCUGCUGAUGCUGACAAUCUUACCCUCGCACAUUUUAGGUUGUCAUUUUCGCUGAAGGGCAAGACCUGGUCUCUGAGUGAGGCAUCUCUCUAUUACCCAGCUAAUGAAACCGACGAUGUAAACGACUUUGACAGCGAGUUGACAACCGAGGUCGCUGGUAUCUCUGCCGAGGUUGGACACGCAUACAGCUGUCCCAACACCACAAUUGCCCUGAAAUCUGGCGACGACGCCAUUGUCCUUUCUUUCAAUAACAUGGUCGUUCAGGCCAUGGGCGUCAAGGACAACAAGCUCUCUUCCCACGUUGAGAAAUGCAAUGGCAAACUUCAUACCAACAACAUUGUGCCUAUUGCCGUUGGCGCAGCUCUGUGCGGUCUGGUCGUCAGUGUCCUUGUUGCCUACCUUAUCGGCCGAUCUCGAUCCAGUCGUCGUGGUUACCAGUCAGUCUAGGCACAUGCUGUGAGUGAAAAGGGAUUUCACCUGCUGGCGCCGUGUGUCCGUAGUUCAUGCUCGUUUUUAUUUACACAAUCUUUUUUGUGUUGCGUAGGGUCCCAUGGGAUAGCUUCCCCGUUCCUGUUAUUGCUGCCUACUCAGUUUUUUUAUGUUGUCAUUUUCUAUGCCAGCUCUGUAUGCCGUACGGUUGUUUUGAGGCAGCGUUCGCUGAUGGUGGCAUUCCUGGAUUCAGAACAGGAUGAUCGAUUGCAAGAUUUAUCAAUGCUUGUUAUGGUGCUGGUGACAUGCAACGUAUUCGCUUGAUCUCGACCAUGUCAUAGCCUGGUUGCUGUAGCAUGCCCAUCACUCCAUCGAUGCAAACCCAUGCAAGGUGGUGCAAUGUUCAGGCUUUACACGCGUUUCCUGCCUUUUGUAGAUCUGAAUAAAGUAGAUGAAGUAGUGUG